AUGCCGGACGUACGUACUACCCUCGAAUAUCUUGCCAGACUGCCACUUUAUGAGACCGAGAAACCAUACCUCUAUCUACCCGGCAAAGACGAAGGUCUCGACCCGAAUGUCACGAAGCUAGAUAAUCUAGAGUACGAACGCCAUUCUGGGAUUCUAGUAAAGGACGUGCGUCAGCAUCCUGAACUCAACUUUGAUGAUUGUGGCUUCGAGUUCCAGGAAUACCCGUCCCGAUACCAGCAAUUUGCAACGGCUGCGGACACUGACAGAUACCGGGCGGAAACCGAGCAAAUACUGAAGAAGCGAUUCAAUGCGGAAAGGGUGAUGGUUUACGACAUCCGAUUGAGAAAGAACGAUUCUUUCCAUCGCUCUGAAUUUGAUGUCUAUGAUCCACUGCUCAUCGAAGGUCCAGCAAAAGGCGCUCACAACGACGUCACGUUCCAUUCAGCUCCCAAUAUUGUGAAGCGUCACCUACCGAAAGCAGAUUGGAGCACGUACCUCCAACCGGGAUACCGCAUUCGAAUCCUGAAUACCUGGCGCCCUCUGAAUAAAGUUUUGGAAGACAGGCCGCUUGCGUUCUGUGACUCACGGACAGUUGACGCGGACGACCUCAUGCCGACCGACAGAAUCCUUCCAGAUCGAGUAGGAGAGGUCUACUACCUCCAGUACAAUCCGAAUCAACAAUGGUGA